UGUAUAUAUUAUUUAAAAAACGUCGAAAUUAUACAAAAUAAUACACGUAUUUUAGGGAACUGUCUAGUAAUGCAACUAGUACCGUAGUUAAUGAAGUGAAUUGCAUGCCUGGCGGUGGAAUAGAAAAUUAUAAAAGUGGUAAGAAAUUCUCACCGCGAGCCCCCAAACGUGUGAGUGUGUGUGUGUGCGUGUGUUCGAGUGUCCAACUGUGUGGGUGCCAGUGCGAAUGUGAGUGUGUCUUACGUUGCAAACCAAAAUUUCUUUACGAUUUCCAAUUAAAACGGUGGCGGCGGUGUUUCAUCUAAUACCCAUUUGCGAAGCGGCAGAACACAAUUGGCAUGGCCUGCUGGCCUCCAAAUGUUGUUCCCCUCCCUCAAUUGUGAUAAUGAAAGAUGCACGAAUAUGACAUAAUAGAGCGCAAAGAGGAACAAGACAGUCUUCCAACUAACACAAAGGAUAGCAAUUACAACAGCAACAAUACAAAUAAACGCAUUGAUCAGAAUACACAAGAUCCACAGGAUCAGGAUCAGGAUAGAGUGAAAGAAGAGAGCAGAAAAGCAUCAUCAUCAUCCAUAUCGCCAUCCCAGAGGACUCUUUAUCCAUUUGUUGUGGAAUACAUCGAUCAGGUUGUACAAACUAUUGAAAUCGAUCCGGCAACAUCUUCUGUAGAAGGAGCUGAUACUCCUCCAAAACCAAAACGAAAGCGUCGUGUCUAUAUUACGGACUCUGGGCGUUCUUAUAACCUAAGACCACGAGGCCAAGAGGUAGCAGUAACAGCGGUUCAAACGGAGGCGUCUGGGACACAGGCUGCUAAAGAAAAGGAUCAAAGUCCACCGUUGGCACCACAGACGCAGAUUGCCUCCCCCACACCAACAGAGGCCACAGAGUUCUUACAUCCAGAUCACUUUAAACCAGAGAUUUGGAAUAUCAUCGAAGAAGAACAGGACAACACAAAGGCAUUGGGCAAAAAGAAGCGGGGUAUUCGAGGCAUUCGAAAGCGAAGAAACCAACUCCUCACUGAAAUCUAUUCACCUGAAACCGAAGCGGCAAUUGCAGCAGCUCAACUCGAAUUAGACGCGACUGCCAAAUCGAAUUCCCGUGUCGGCCGCAAAAGAACCUGCACCAUGUCAUUGUAUGAUCGUCGUUACCAGACUGCCGGAGAUGAGCGGCGUGUCGCCAAUGGUUAUGGCGGUAAUGGUUUACGUGCUGGUCCCUCAGCCUCAACCAAUGAAAUUGAAUCGCAGGAUAUGCAGGGUCAUCAGUAUUACGGAUCAUCUGGAAGCUCAGCGACACCAGGAUUAAAUGGCAGUGCAGCCAUAAACAAUCAUGCCCCGGCCAUGGGUACCUUGUGCAACAUUGGCAACACAUGCUAUCUCAAUUCGGUGGUAUAUACCCUACGUUUUGCUCCCCACUUCCUGCAUAAUCUUCAUCAUCUGAUACACGAUCUGAAUGUGGUACAACAGACCAUAAUGCGUCAGCACACGGCCAAAUCCGCUUCGUUGGGUCGGCAUGUGAGUGGAGGCGGUGGUGUUGCUCAAUUGGAGCACGCCCGUAGUUGGAGCAGUAAGGAUUUGGUCACAACGGAACCACCCUACGGCAUUAGCAACAGCAAUGGGAAUGUCAGUGUCAAUAGCAAUAGUACAAGUUGCACAAGCGCGAGCUCAAAUACUAGUAAAUCGAGUCAUCAGUCAGUGAGCGAGAAGCUUCACGAGCUGUAUCACAAUCUGCAUGGCAAUGAGAUGACCGAUUCGACGGAACCGUAUCAUGCGGAUACUCUACUGCAUGCCAUACAGGAUGUGAAUGCCACCUUUGAGGGUAAUCAACAGCAGGAUGCCCACGAGUUUCUAAUGUGUGUGCUCAAUUGCAUACGCGAGACAAAUCAAUCGCUAAUCAAGGCCAUUGGUGAGUGUCCCGAGGUAAUGGCGCAUGGUUACAUAUCCAAUCCCGAUGAGGUGGAUUCCAAUGAUGCUGGCCAGGAGCGCAUGGAUUCUUCGGUCACCAUCUCUGGCAAUGGAACGGCUAGUCAAGCAACAGCAAUUGCUCCUGCAGUCCCAACACCAGCAGCUGUAGCAACUACAACAACAAAAACAUCAUUCUUUUCACGCAAAUCGAAGAGAAAAGACGAUUUAAAAUCGUCCGGCUCGAGCAAGUCAUCAUCGACGCGUGUCCAGUCACCAUUAAAGGAGCAAAGUCCCACGGCUGGCUCGGCCACAUCCAAUAGUCUAUUUUAUUUAAAUACAGUCGAUCUCACUGGGGCAACACCACCACCAUCAUCGUUGUCGUCGUCGUCAACGUCUCCUCCGUUGCCGCUCCUGCCGACAACAGCAGCAGCACCCACAAAAUACACCAGUGACGAUGAGAUGAACAGCAGUAGCCUGCUCAAGGAAAAAAUGCGCCUCGAGGAGCGUAUACGUGAAUUGAAUUUAAAUUUCUUCAGUGCCGACUUUGAGGGCAUAGUGGUGCUGACCACCAAGUGCCUGAGCUGUGAAACAGUGACCCGGCAAAAGCAGGGCAUGCUAGACAUUUCGGUUCCUGUGCCCAUAUCGGGUUACGACAAUGCCGAACUGCAGGAGAAGCCAAGCGCUUAUAUACAGAACUCUUGCAUCACAAAGGAAUAUUUUCGCGGAGAGAACAAAUAUAGUUGUAAUCAGUGUACUGGCUACACAGAAGCCAUACGCUCCAUAUCGUAUGAGGUGCUGCCGCGACUUUUGGUUAUACAAUUGAAUCGCUUUUCAGGCGGCAUGGAAAAAGUCAGCACCUAUGUCCCGACCACAUUCACAUUGCCCUGCUUCUGUGUCAAGUGCUGUGAAUUGAAUGAUGGCAACAAGCUUCAUGUCUACAAGCUCUACAGUGUGAUUACCCAUGUGGGAGCCACGCUGACAGUGGGUCACUAUAUAGCCUACACAUGUUUCCUGGAUUUGGCCAGUGACUAUUUGAAUUGUCCCAAGGAUCGACGCAAUAACAUGACGCAGCAGCACACCACUAGUGCAUUGGCAGCAACCGGAACAGGAAUGGGCUCCAAUGAGAAUGCAGCUCCGAAUAAUGGACAAAGUAGCAGCAUCACUCCAGUGUCAGCUGCUGCCUCGGCUCUGGCCUCCUCAGGCACUAGUCUGAUGAAGAAAAUGAAGUUCGGACGCAGCAAGGCGUCGAGCAGCGGCGACAUGAGCAAAAAUGUAAAGCAAUUGAAUGGCAUUAGCAGUAAGACGAUUACCAAUGGCAUUGGCAAACUCACCAUGAAUACCACAUGUCAUGGAGUCAACUGCUGUGCCAUGCGUCUGUGCUGCAGCCAGCAGACCAGUGCAGCCGGCAGUUGCAGCGACUUCAGUGAGGAGUGCCUGCAAAAUGGUAGCAAUAGCAAUCUCAGUUACAGCAGUUCACAGGCAACAAAUGUUGGUGGUGGCGGUGGUGGCACCGCCUAUCCACCGGGAUAUGGAAGCACAGGACGCGGCGGUGUCAAGGCUAACUAUCCACACGGGAGCACAGAGCCAAUUUGGUAUAUGUGCGAUGAUGACAAGAUCAAGGCUAUGACGCAGCGGGAAUUCGAAGAGCUAUUGUCACCCACACGGAAAAUAACCAUUACACCAUAUUUGUUAUUCUAUGCACGAUUCGAUCUGCAAUCGACAUCGUCGUCGACAUCGGCAACGCCAUCGAAGCCAGGAGCAUCAGCAGCAUCAACGCCGCCAUCGUCACAGAGCUCCUGGUCCACUGAUAAUGGAGCGCACAAAAUCUGAGAUCGUGCGAUGACGGCUAGAGCCGUCGCCAAUGAGAGACGUUUGAAAUAAACAUAUUAAGUUGUGUGCGGAUAGAGAUGACCGAGAUACCGCGAUAACCCCCAGAGAGAUAUCAAGGUCUCUAGUCUAGGCUUUAAUGAAGCAGAAGUCUGUUUGUUAAACAAUUGUAUUCGUUUUUAAGAUCUAUCGUUUAUCUACAUGUAUAACUUAACUAACUACUUGGCAGCGGUUUGACUGAUGUGCACACUCUCACUCCUCCGAACGGCAGGUUAAUUUAUUAAUGAAAUCGCAAAAGGAGUUAGCCGAUCCAGUUGUUGCCCUUUCGUAUUCUUAUUUUUUUUUUUGUAUUUCUCGACUGGAUCGAUUAGAUUAGAUUAUGUCCUCACAAAGCAAAACAAAAAAAAAAAAACAAAAACAAAUUUAUAAUAAUAUUCUUUAGUUGCAUUUUGAGCCAGGCAUUCAUUUGUUGUACACUUAUUGUUAAUAAUCACACGAAUUUAACACGUUAAGAACGCUAUGGUAUCCAAUUGUUUGCCCCCUUAACCAUUUCCCUUCCCUUCAAUUGCCUCAGAAAAAAGAAAAAGAAAAAAAAUUAAUAA